UCUCACCUUUGAAGAUUGAUUCAACGCAAGCUUCUAGGGUCCGUUGCUCGCUGUACCAUAGGCGGUUGCGCGUCAUCGCUUAUCCUAUCUACGUUGAUUUAAACAUUUCUUAGUCUCCUUUCUGGGCUUAAAACCUCGUAUCUCAGCUCUUCCCUGACGCUAUUGAUUACCAGAACCAGUCAGAGCCAGUCAAUCAGACGUUAGCAAAUCUCACCCCGCGCUCGCACGCAAGUACAGUACACACACAAACAGGCAGUCAACACAAUGGCAGACCAGACAAGUCCCACCAAACAGAAUGUCACACGGCCGCAGCUGGGCUCCAUGAGGAGCAGCUCAUACCUUAGUGAUCACCAGGAGUACCGCCCUCCUCGACCCGACUCAGCUCGACAGGAUCAGCUGUUCCACGGCAUUGACACCGUUAUAGAGGACACCAGCAACUCACCCGUUCCCCAGACAAGGCCUAUCUUGCCCUUCAAUGGCAUCCCGUCUGAGGAGAACCCCCCUACUGUCGUCGACAGUGGACUGAGCCACUCGUACUCUCACCCCAAUUGUGCCCCCAGAGCUGGUGAGAAGACGGAUCGUCUUAUCGCGACCCUUUUCUAUAAGCCAAGGGGUGAGGACCAGGGCUCCAGAUCUCCCGUCAAAACCACUUUUGCGGACAGUAACGAGUCUCUGCCCGCCAACUUGGCCCCGACAACCGAUCCCAAUGAGUAUCCUCUGGAGCCGCCAACUCAGGAGUCAGAGCAGCUGGACCACAUCUAUGGUUCCUAUAUCUCACCUCUAUGCAUCACCUCAUUCCUCCACCUCAUGUCUUCAUUCCCUCUUCCUCAGGACGCCGAUGAGCCUCACUCCUCUCAUCGAUGUUUGGAUAACCAGGAGCAACCGCGCAUUGUUGAGCUCACGCUCUCUCCUACGCCAUCACCUGAAUAUCUGAGCCUGGAUGACCUGAGAAAGCAUGAGAUGAUCUACCGAUUUGAGCAGGAGUGGAACGUCGAUGUGGUCCUUCAGCGAGAUACAGUGUGGAGACGCCACCCUCGACUUGUGGUUUUUGACAUGGACAGUACACUCAUCACUCAAGAGGUGAUUGACCUUUUGGCUGAUCAUGUCAAGGAUCCCCCAGAUCUGGCUGUACGAGUUGCCGAGAUCACACACCGUGCCAUGAUGGGCGAGCUGGAAUUUGAGGCUUCUUUCCGCGAACGAGUUGCUCUUCUGAAGGGCCUCCCUGCCAACCUGUUCGAAGGCCUUCGGCCAGUAUUGGAUGUCACCAAAGGCGUACCAGAGUUGAUCAAGGCCUUCAAGCGACUGGGUGUCAAGACAGCUGUUCUCUCAGGCGGUUUCCAGCCUUUGACAGGAUGGCUAGCUGGCCAACUGGGAAUUGACUACGCCCACGCGAACCAUGUCGUUAUUCAGGACGGCAAGUUCACAGGUGAGGUUGAGGGGGUCAUUGUCGGCAAGGAGCGGAAGAGGGAUCUUCUCGUCGACAUUUCUGCCAAGGAGGGCAUUGAUCUGUGUCAGGUCAUUGCUGUUGGCGAUGGCGCUAACGACUUGCUCAUGCUGGACAAGGCAGGUCUGGGAGUUGCAUGGAACGCAAAGCCUCGUGUUCAGAUGGAAGCUAACGCCCGCCUGAACGGAGAGAGUCUUUUGGAUCUCUUGUACCUUCUUGGAUUCACUUCCGAAGAGAUUGAUGCGUUGGUUGUUUAGUUGUCGGCAUUGAGUUCAGACAAAGUUGUCACAAGACUGGUGAAGACAGGAGUUUAGGAUAUUACAAGGAACGCCGGGUGUUGUAGUAGUGAGUGAUGAGAUACCAAGAAGCAACGAGAAACAAGAGUUAUUUUGUGACAUAUGUGAAAUCAUACCACGUCACUGGUGUGAUUGGCAGCCCAUGUGAACAUAUCCAGACCAGCCUUUCGCCCGGUCCAUUCCCGUGAGCCAGAGAUCAGGCACAGACACAAUGAGGCCAGAGACAAGUCAAAUUAUAGUUGAAAGACACAAAGCUAAGA